AAUACAAGCAUUACCUCGAACUUGCUCUUCUUUAUCACCUCUAGCUUUUGAAAUCUCAUCUAGUUAUACUUCAGUGCCUCUGGAAGAUCUGCUAUGUGUUACCAAUAAUAAUUUUACUUGGAAUCCUUUAGAGCAAAGUGGGUCUGCUAAAUGCACAUCAAACCAGAUGAAAGAUAGCAACAAGACCUCAGAGAAAGCUGACCAUGAUUCAAGUAUAGCCACUGUUAGUGAAGGUAAUGGCACAAAUGACGAAAGUGACUCAGAAAAACGAAGAUCUUCCUCCAUCUGACAGUUUUGAUAGAAGGCAGCUACUCCUUACGCAUUCGGAUUUAUACCUUUUCAAAUAUCCUGUGCCAGUUUUAAGUUCAUAUCUGGAAAAUGGUUUUGUAUAUUCAAAGGAUAAAUAUAAAAAGGUGAAACCAUCUUCCCCUAUGUAUGGAAUUGAUUGUGAAAUGUGCUUGAGUGAGGAAAAUAAACUUGAACUAGGAAGCAUAUCAGUGGUAAAUGAAGACUUGAAGCUUAUUUACCACAAACUGGUCAAGCCAGAGAAGAAGAUCGUCAACUACCUUACACAGUUCUCAGGGUUAACAAAAGAGAUGUUAGAAAGUGUUACUACCACUGUAUACGAUGUACAAAAUGAUCUUCGUUCCUUGCUGCCACCAGAUGCAAUCCUUGUAGGCCAUUCACUGAACAAUGACUUAAAAGCUAUGAAGAUUAUGCAUCCAUAUGUGAUUGAUACGGCUGUGGCAUAUAACUUGACCUUCAAUAAGCGUAGACUUUCGUCAUUGCAAGUUUUAACAAAAUUAUUUUUGGAGCGACAAAUCCAAAUGAAUCCUGGGGGCCAUGAUCCGACAGAAGAUGCAGUUGCAACGCUUGAACUCAUUCAACUGAAACUGAAAAAAGGUUAUGCAUUUGGAAAUGUUAUCGAAGGGUACAGACUGCAGAAUGGGUUAAAUAUUCAUCCACAAGCUUCACUGAAUAGAUCCCCUGAAAAUUAUUUUAACAUAUUUCAGCAUGCUGUAGCAUCUCGUCUGAAAACAGCUAUAUUGAUGACACCUGCAUCUGCUAUAGGCUGUCAUCAUAUACUUGAAAGUGUGCCAAAGGAUAAAGUAGAAGUUCAUAUUUUAAAGGAAAAUAAAGUACUCUCACAAAAAGCAGCAAACAUUGCCAUGAGUAAAGAUUUUACAUUUCUUUACAUGAAGACAAACGAAAUUAAUACAGAAUCUAAGGAAAAGCAUAAAGAAGAUCUCAAGAAGCUUGAUAAACGACUUCGGAGAGUGUUUAAUGGUGCUUGUCAGAGAUCUCUUAUAAUGUAUAUAUUUACCGGAUCAUCAGAAAAUGAAGCUUGUGAUGAGAGUUCAAAUGGUUUAUUCAUGUGUUCUAUUAAAAGUAUAAAGGAUAAUUCCUUGUCUGUGACUUAGUCAGUCGUUUGUUUGUAUUCUGGUAAACAUUGUUAUAAUAGUUUCAUCUGUGAUUUAGUAUUUUAUAGUUUUGUUGUAUAUAGUAUAUUUGUAAUACUAGUUCUUUUGCAUUUUACCAAUCCUUGUUCUGUGUCAGUUGAAUCCACCCAACUGUUGAAUGGUACUUACAUUCCAAAUCUGUUGUUUAUUGGCAUUUAAUACUUUAAUUUUGUUUAUGAGGGGAGAGGAAGUAACAGUGCUCUUUUAGUCACCCCACCUUUCAAGGGUUUAUUAACCAUCAGCCAUAUGGUUGUAGGCAUCUUAAUCUUUAGGGGUGCUAUCUGUUUAUGCACAAUAUUUUUGUACAUAACACACAGACUAUUAUUUUACACUGAAGUGACCAUCUCUAAACUUUAACUAGUCAUAGAAUUUGAAUUUACAACAGAGACUGCUUGCAAAACACUUCUUAAUCAAGUGCUGCGCAGGAGGCCCAACUAACAACUGGUUUGAAAUGUUUAAUGUAUUAUUUGGAAACGGGUAUUGUUUAUGUUUUUUGUAAAGUAAUUUAUAAAACUUAAGAUGUUAACCUAUCUAAGUGGAAGAGUGAGGUAUUCUGCAUGUUACUGUUUAAGAAUUUUAUGUGUGCCUUACUUGUCUGUUCAUGAGUGUAAAAGAAUGUGCAGAUUCAUCUUUUUGUUUUGGAUUUUUGAAGAAGAUCAUGUUUUGGUUAAUGGUUAAUGCAAGAAUCUGUCAUUUCAAGUCUGGUAGAUUCUCAAAGAAGUUCAUCUUUACAUCAAUCCAGAAAGCAAGUAAUGGGACAUUAGCACACCUGCUGUAUAUACUUAAACAGUAUAGAAACUUAGUUUGAAAAUUAAAAUUCUUUGUAAGGUGUUUUACAAACAAAACUGUGCAUAAGGGGUUUCGCUGCUAGCCAAAACUGCUGUUGCAUUACUGGUGGUGCACUUCAAGGCAAGAUGCUACAAUUCAUGUUACUGAUUUCAGUUGUCUGACCUGUUACUUUACUGGCUUGCAUAUAAACACUGCUUUAAUGAACUUCUUGCAUUUUAUAGAAAAUGCAAGAAGUUCAAAGCAUGUUGGAGGGUUAAAAAGAAAUAUUGUAAAAAAAUUACAUAUGACACAAUCUGAAACAUGCUAUGAUUAACAUUUGGGUGAUGUGUAUCAAAAUACAGAGGAUUUUUUAA